CCAUGUACGGAAGAUAGAAACUGCGCGCGCUCUCUGUUUUGAGGUUAAACUCGGACUACCAUAACUCAUUUUUGGUCACAUUCGAGGAGUUCAGUAGCUCGAUAUAAGGACUGGCAUGGCGUCUGACAGCUCUUGUAUUGUGACUCAAGCCUGUUGGUUAACUCCUGUUAGCAUUGCGACAUGGUGAGGAGCGUCAUAUAUUCGGCUGACGUCAGAGUUAUUCAGACCAAUCACAACACACAGAUUAGCUGGCCAAUGUGGGACACAGAGCUUUUCAAAUCCGUGUGUUUCAGGAAGAGAGUGAAAUCUGGAGCUACAAAAAUGUAUGAUCAAUGAUGAAGAGCAAGGCUAUGACCUAGACCUCUUCUGUAUACCAAAACAUUAUGCAUCUUCCUUGGAACGGGUGUAUAUUCCACAUGGACUCAUUUUGGACAGAACUGAACGGUUGGCCAGAGAUAUCAUGAAGGACAUGGGCGGCCACCAUAUCGUAGCUCUUUGUGUGCUCAAAGGAGGCUACAAGUUUUUCGCUGACCUGUUAGAUUAUAUCAAAGCCCUUAAUCGCAACAGUGAUCGUUCCAUUCCAAUGACAGUGGACUUCAUUCGCCUCAAGAGUUACCAAAAUGACCAAUCUACGGGUGAAAUCAAAGUGAUUGGUGGAGAUGAUUUGUCUACUCUGACAGGAAAGAAUGUCUUGAUUGUUGAGGACAUCAUUGACACUGGGAAGACAAUGAAGACAUUGUUAGAACUUCUCAAGCAAUAUAAUCCAAAAAUGGUGAAAGUGGCCAGUUUGCUGGUGAAGAGAACACCAAGGAGUGUUGGCUACAGACCAGACUUUGUAGGAUUUGAAGUCCCUGACAAAUUUGUGGUUGGAUACGCACUUGACUACAACGAGUAUUUUAGAGAUUUAAAUCACAUCUGUGUGAUCAGUGAAACAGGAAAGGAGAAGUACAAAGCAUGAGAAACCCUGAACUUCCCCCUCUAGCUGUGUAUCAUUUGUUUUUAAUAGAUAUUUCAUUUCUUAUUAAUUUCGUAUUUCUCAGUUGUGCAGCUCAUCUUGGGUAAGCAGGUCCUCCACUCAGGGUCUCUGGUGAGGUGUGCUGUUAUUGCACCUUGCAUUUACAUUUGCUUUUACUUCCAACGGCAUCUUAUGAUUUUCAAGCACACAUUAGUAACCACAAACACUUCACAAUUCAGUACAUGACAAUAGUGGUUUUAAGACUGCUGCUCUGAGUCUUUAAAGCGUUUUUAAAAAAAUGGCCAAAAUCCCUUUAAUUUAUUAAAAUGAUUUGUGUGUGAUAUUUUGAAUAGGUGCUUGUGAUUAAGACUUAUAUAGAUCACACUGAAUAAUGCUGUUAGGUUGCUUGGCCCUGCCUAUUCAGUAUUUGAAAGAUCAUAAUUUGUAAAUUUGCUCUAAUGGCGAAAUGGAGAACAUUUAUAUUUCCCAGACUAUUUGCAGUGUAUUGCAUCAUAAAAUAGCACUGUAAUAUGUGCCCUGUCUUGAAUGAUUAAUAUCAGUGUAAUGAUUUUAAUGUUAAUGUUGGAGGUUGAAUGCUUUAACAUCUGAAUGUACUUAGAAAAGCAACAGGGAACCUGAUUUUCCAAUCACAAUUCAAACCUGUUGACAUUUUAAAGCAAAAUAUCACAUUUUAUUUCAGUUUUUAUUUGUAGCAGUGUUCAUUUCUUCUGCCAUGGUAUUUAUUUGUCCAAUUACAUUGGCGUUUUUAAAAAUUAUGUUAAAUUAGAAAUUAAAAUAAUUGUAUGGAGCCUUAUAUAGUUGUACAACUUGUUGUGCUACCAUACAAAUAUUGUAAUGAAAAGAAAAAUGUUUAAAGUGACAUUUUAUUUUUUUAAUCAAUCUUAAAUCUUGUCAUUAAAUUAUUUAAAAUAAUUUACAGUGUUUUCCCAAAUUUAGUUAUCAUUCAAAUAUCUUUUAAAAGACAUGACCCAAGGCAUUGUUAUUAAAUCCUGUUAUCAUGUUGUCCGUUAAUGGCAUUGGAUCAAACUUGAAUUUGUUUUUAUUUAAUAUGAAUGUCAUAAAAUGUUAGUAACAUUGCCAAUACAAGCUUGUUUCAUUCUUUCUUUUUUGCUGCUAUUUUUUUUUAGCUGGAUGCAAAGAAGUCAGAUCAUGUUGAUAAUUUCUGAUUUAUUUAUGGUAACUGCAUUGGUCAUCUACAAUACAAAGAAGGCAAGAAUCAUCACAUAAAUGCAUGUAUUGUCAGCUUUGGCGAGUGCAGCUCAUAGGUUUCUGUAAGUGCUGACAGGCCGUACUAUAGCAGAACAGUAAUACUGGAUAACACCACAUUCACCUCCAGUAUUUAUGUGCUGCUAUAGUACAUUCCCUUCAAAACUGGUUUCCUCUUGCGCAUUGUUCAGGAAUUGUUGCCGGAGGAACGAAAGAUAGCCAAAGGUUCACCAGUAGCUCCUCAUGAUCUCCCUUUUUAAAACAUAAAGUGAUGUGCUGCUGGUGUAAACAAAAUAACCCAGCAUAUUUUAGUAUGUAGAUAUAGUACUCCAUUAAUAAACAUUUAUAAAGCGA